AAAGAAAAGAGCAUGCAUCUUGUCAAAUAUUUACAUAUUGUAUGACUAUGUAUCGGUGUCAUACCGUACAUUAGGAUUUAUUAUUUUUGGGAUUUAACGUCUUACCGACACUAUUUAGGUUAUAUGGCGACUUUCCAGCAUGAUGUUGGAGGAAGACUACAGGUGUCCCUCCGUGCAAUAUUUCGUCACGGGCGGGCAGCUGGGUGGAACCACCGAGCUUCCGUACCGGAUUUAAUUUGGUUGUAAUGGUAACCGUUAUUUAUCAGUGUAUGGCGGCCAAUUCUUGUAUAUACCAUACAAUGGCACCAGGCCUAACAACACAGUGGCCCGGAACGUCUGUAAAAGUUAUGCAACUUGUGAGCUGGCAGUGAUAGAUACCCAGGCGGAAUAUGACAGAAUGUACGCAUAUUUCGACAAAACUUUAGGAGCAAAUUUUACACUGCCAAGUGCUAUUUGGAUCGGCCUAUACUGGGUAGAUGUGACAGGCUUAGGAAAUUAUACCCACUUCUGGGAGACUUCCGGUACCAUGAAGGAUCUAACCUGGAGUAAAUGGGAUGCUGGAGAGCCAAAUGGAGCUGGAACUGAAAAUUGUGGCCGGAUACACACCAACAUGUACUUCAGAACCAUACAAUGCUCAGGGAAUUAUGACAUCCUGUGUGAAGGAACAGGAAGUUCAUCUUGUACCAAAGGUUCAGAAGAAGAGUGCAAACUGUUUUCGAUGUGUUGGUGGACGCCCGCUCGGAUCGGACUGACAAGUGGUUUUACCAGCUUGUUUGUGUUCUUCUGUCUGUUGUGUGUGGGAUGGAAAUGCUGGUGUGCCCCGAAAGCCCAAGUUGGAUAUGAACAAGAUGAAGACGAUGAAGAUGAAGAUGAUGGGAGCGACAACAGUAAAAGGGGCGUACAUAACGUUAUGAAAAACCACAACAUUGAUCACAUGCCAGUGGUGUCACCUUCACAGACUGCAGGAAUAAAUUCAGUGAUACUGAAUAAAAGAGAAAAUUCCUGGAUGUCACCUGAGGAACUCAGCUUCAGUGCCAGAUAUUCCUACAAACACUGAAAAAGUAGU